AUGUCUAAUGAUUCUGUUUUAACAAAUGAAAAUACUAACUUAAAAAUUGAAGAAGAUUAUAAAAAUGAGAAAUUGAGGAAAAGAUGUGAACAGUUGGAAGCUUGGAGAUUGAAAAAGCAACAAGUUGAACCUCUAUUAGAACAAAAGCCAUCAUUAAAAAUUAAAGAUACAAUUGAAGAAAGACGAAAAUCAAAGAAAAAGAAGAGGAAAAAGAAGCAACAAGAACAACAACUGUCAAAAUCUUCACCAAAAACACAACAAAAUACAAUAACUAAUCAUCAAUUUUCAAAAAAUAAAACCGCAAUAUCAAUUUCUAAAAAAGCAUCAACUGUUAAACCACUUCUACGAAAACGAAUAGAAUUUGAAGGAGAAGAUGAUCAUUCCAACUUGAAAAAGAGACCAAAAUUUGAAAUACCCAAGACUGAGAACAAUGUAAUAAUAGGAGAUAAUUCAGAAUCUGUGGAUGAAUUGGAUGUUUUCAUAAAUCAACUAAAUAGUAAUAACUCAAAACCAACGUUAAUUGAAGAAGAAGUUCAAAUUUAUUCAGAUUCAGAAGAAGAUGAAAAAGAGGAAGAUUUACAAAAUAGAAUAGAUUCAAAAUUAGCCAAAUUGGGAAAUACCAAAAUACUUAAAGAAAUAGAUCAGUCUAAAAUUAUUUAUAAACCAUUUGAAAAAAUUUUUUAUCAAGUCCCAUUUGAAAUGUCAUUAAUGUCACAUGAAGAAAUAGAGCUUUUAAGAUUGGAAGUAGAUAAUAUAAGAGUCAAAAGUGAUGAUAUUCCUAUUCCUUUUACAAAAUGGUCUCAACUAAUACUACCUUCAAAUAUGAUAAAUGUUAUAAAUGAGUUAAAUUUUACAAAACCAUCACCAAUUCAAUCUCAAUUCAUUCAUAUUGCUUUAUCAGGUCGUGAUCUAAUUGCAGUUGCAAAAACAGGUUCUGGUAAAACGUCCAAGUGCAUUAGUUUUAUGUCUAACAAGAGAAGUAACAAAUUGAACAAGAAGUUUCAAAUUUUUCCAAAAAAAUGGAUAAAAAAAUUGUUUGUUGUUAUGGUGGUUCAAAUUAGUGAAUUGAAAGAGGAGUUGAUAUUAUUGUUGCCACUCCUGGUAGAAUGA